AUGGACAAGACCAAGGCGCUUGAAGGCGCACUCAGCCAGAUUGAGCGUGCUUUCGGCAAGGGCUCGAUCAUGCGCAUGGGCCAGCGGCCAAAAGUGGAAACGAAUGUGAUUUCCACCGGCUCCAUCGGGCUGGAUAUCGCGCUGGGGAUCGGCGGCAUGCCCCGGGGCCGCAUUGUCGAGAUCUAUGGCCCGGAAAGCUCGGGCAAGACCACACUUGCCCUGCAUGUUCUGGCCGAAGCCCAGAAGAAGGGCGGCACCGUCGCCUUCAUCGAUGCCGAACAUGCGCUCGACCCCGGUUACGCCCGCAAACUCGGCGUCAAUAUCGACGACCUUCUCCUGAGCCAGCCGGAUGCCGGCGAACAGGCUCUGGAAAUCGCCGAUACGCUCGUCCGUUCCGGCGCCGUGGACGUUCUGGUCGUGGACUCCGUUGCGGCUCUCGUCCCGCGCGCCGAGCUUGAAGGCGACAUGGGCGACAGCCAUGUUGGUCUGCACGCCCGUCUCAUGAGCCAGGCUCUGCGCAAGCUGACGGGAACGGUCUCGCGCUCCAACACGCUCGUGAUCUUCCUGAACCAGAUCCGUAUGAAAAUCGGCGUGAUGUUCGGCAAUCCGGAGACGACCACGGGCGGCAACGCCUGAAUUCUACCCCUCCAUCCGCCUGAAUACGCCGCAGCCGCUCCACAAGGACAAAGGACGAGGUUGCGGCACCAGACCCGCGUCAAGGUCGUCAAGAACAAGAUGGCCCCCCCGUUCCGUCAGGUCGAGUUCGACAUCAUGUAUGGCGAAGGCAUCAGCAAGAUGGGCGAACUGCUCGAUCUGGGCGUGAAGGGCAACAUCGUCGAGAAAUCCGGCGCAUGGUUCUCUUUCGACAGCCAGCGGAUCGGUCAGGGACGUGAGAACGCCAAGCAGUUCCUGCGUGACCAUCCGGAAAUGGCCUCCGAAAUCGAACGGCGUAUCCGUGCCGAAGCCGGUGUUCUCGCCGACGCUCUGAUGACGGACCCCGAACCCGACGCAGACGGCGCUUCGGAAGACUGA